CUCACUCUCCAAUCUCCAAACUUGCAUUGUCUGCUGUAGGCUGUAGCUACACACUCUCUAGGAGCAGCAUCGAGCGCCGGCCCGCUGUUUCCGAGCAAGAUGGGGAAACAACCCUUCUUCCUCCACCAGCUGCUCGUCGUCGUCCUGGCACUCUUCGUCUCGCCGACGAGAUCGGACGAUUGGCUUCCGGCCACCGCCACAUUCUACGGCGGCGCUGACGCCUCCGACACAAUGGGUGGUGCAUGCGGAUACGGCGACCUGUACGAGCAGGGCUAUGGCGUGAACAACGCGGCGCUGAGCACAGCGCUCUUCAACGAUGGUGCGUCGUGCGGGCAGUGCUACGUCAUCAGGUGCGACAGCAGUAAGACCGGAUGGUGCAAGCCUGGCAGCAGCAACUUCGUCGUGGUCUCCGCCACCAACUUCUGCCCGCCUAACUGGGAGCUCCCCAACGGCGGGUGGUGCGGCCCGCCUCGCCCCCACUUCGACAUGUCCCAGCCCGCCUGGGAGACCAUCGGCAUCUACAGCGCCGGCAUCAUCCCCGUCCUCUACCAGCGGGUCAAGUGCUGGCGGAGCGGUGGCGUGCGCUUCACCAUCGCCGGCUUCGACCACUUCUACAUGGUGCUCAUCACCAAUGUCGCUGGCAGUGGCUCCAUCCAGAGCAUGGCCGUGAAGGGCGCCAAUACGGACUGGAUCCCCAUGUACAGGAACUGGGGCGCCAACUGGCACUGCCUUGCUGGCGGGCUCGUCGGCCAGAGCCUUAGCUUCGCGCUCGUCUCCACCGGCGGACAAAACAUCGUCUUCCAGGAUGUCGUGCCAGCGUGGUGGCAGUUCGGCCAAACUUUCACCACCUACCAGAACUUUGACUACUAAACUUUAUCCAUGCAUUCCUUCCACAACAACAUAUUUGCAGGUUCGACAAAUAUAUUGUACAACACCAGAUGAAGUGUAUUCCUUGUCUAAAGCCCGAUAGAUCCGUUCUUCAUUCAUUCUUCUUCUUGAGAGAGAGAUAUUACACCUGUUGUGUUCAUUUUAUUUCAGUUGUAGUUUGGAAAUCAUUCUAGUCUUGUUACUAUUAUCAGCAUUCAACAACUGCGAAUUGAUCAAUA